AUAUAUUUUUGACAUUUGACAAUACCUAGAAUCGGUCGACGAGAAAAAAAUAAUUGUUAGUUGUUUUCAAGUUACAGGCUGUGGUGGUGUGUGAAGUUUUAAUAAUAAACGUGUUUUGUUAUUGUAUUUUUGACAUGUAAAACCAUCAAACUUAAAAGUGUUUUUGUUUUGUUUGGUGUUUUAAAUUUUUUGUUUUAACAGUUAAAAUAUUGUGCCGAUUAUUAGAACUAUCAAAUAAGUACUUCGACGAAAAAUAGGAGUACCCGUCCAAAGGAAACAAAAGGCUUUAAAGUGACGUUGUUUUGUGUGCCUCGACAAAAACGAUCAUCUCAGAGCGAAAGCCGUGAUGGGAUGAUCGGCCUGCAAGAAUGUGGGCCCGCGCCGCCUAGAGCGCCGCUCUCAACAGCAGCGCCACCGACCGGCAACAGAAUUCGAGACAGAACCGCCCAGGCUGUAGACUACUACAACACUCAUGUUCAUCGAGCUUGGAAUAACGUGGGACUCACCAACAAUAGGUCUUCCUUCAACGACAGGCAUCAUCAUCAUCCAGCCCCCAGGAAACCACAACUGUAUGCUCCCGAGCAUCUCUGUCGCAGCAAUUCUAGUUUAGAACUCCUUGAACAUAACGGUCGGCCGUCGAAUUCGAACUCUCCUCUCUUGAAGAGGGAAUAUGGUAGUCACGGAUCGAUAGACGUUAUUGAUAGGCAACAUCCAGGAAUACAGGUUAACAAUGAAUUCUUCAAGAUGUUGCAGGACUACAGACCUGCAGGUUUGGUAAGCAUCGAUCAACGUUCACCGGGACCCUCGGAGUACCUUCGGGGCAAGGUAGAAGGAAAUGCGGAUGAUCAGUCAGCACAAAGCCCCAAACAAAAAAAUAGACUAAAAAAACAUUUCUGGGCGAACGGGACUAGUGUCCCAUCUAAUAAUUCAAAAAUAUCGAAACAGACUAUGGAUGACAGUGUAGUGAGUAGUAGUUCUUCGGUAUGUGUUUCCGCCGAAAGUGAGGAAAUCGCGAGGAGACGCGCUUUUACCCAUUACGAUUGUCAAUCAUUGACUACAAAUUUAAAUUACGCCGUUAGAUUGAGGAAGAACCUGUUAGCCAAAAGGAGGAAUACAGCUACAGGUGCUUCAGCUGCUUCUGUGAUGGUCCGUUCUUCCACGCCGGAUGGAGAAAACGAGGACGAUUGUGGAGAUGGUCAACGAAACGAUCUAGUGGAAAAUUGCCCGUUUUUCAGAAACGAAAUCGGAGGAGAAGAAGAAAGAAUAGUCAGUCUAUCAAGAUUACAGAAUGGACAAAACCGAAAACCUCUUCAUCGUCCUCCUUUGGCGUAUGGCGUGGCUGUUUUAGAAUUUCCUUCUGGCGAAACUCACUGGAGACAUUCGACUUGUCCUUACCAAAGGUUUCCUAGACCAAUAGAAAAUGUUGAUCAAGGUGCGCUGUAUUAUAGGAAAUUCUUCGUCGGACAAGAGCACCAGAACUGGUUUGGAAUGGACGAACAGCUCGGACCUGUGGUCAUAUCCAUAAAACGAGAAAAAGUUGUACAUCCUGAGAAUCAAAUAACAACAACACUUAUACAAUAUCAAUAUAGGUUAGUUGUGAGGACAUCAGAACUCCAAACUCUCCGAGGAGCCGUCUUAGAAGAUGCUAUUCCGAAUAUUAAAUCUUCCAGUAAUCCAAAAACUCUUAAUACCAAAGAAGUACUCGAAUAUGUAGUUCCAGAAAUUCAAUUAAGUUGUUUGAAGCUCGGCAUACAAAAUCAACAUGUCACAGAACAAAUUUUGAAAUUGGACGAGCAAGGUCUCACCAAUCAUUAUAAGGUGGGUAUAAUGUAUUGUAAGGCCGAUCAGAAUACAGAAGAAGAAAUGUACAAUAACGAAGAAGCAGGUCCUGCCUUUUUGGAGUUUUUAGAAACAAUUGGACAAACAGUGAGAUUGAACGGAUUCGAUAAAUACAAGGCUGGAUUGGACAACAAAACCGAUUCGACAGGACUGUAUUCAGUAUACGCACAAUACCAAGAAUGUGAAAUAAUGUUCCAUGUAUCAACGAUGCUUCCCUUUACACCAAAUAAUAGGCAACAGCUACUUAGGAAACGACACAUUGGCAAUGAUAUUGUGACCAUCGUGUUCCAAGAACCUGGUGCUUUACCUUUCACUCCAAAAGGUAUACGAUCUCAAUUCCAACAUGUUUUUAUAGUCGUACAUGCUAUAAAUCCGUGUACGGAAAAUACUCAUUACAAGGUAGCGGUAAGCAGAUCUAAAGACGUCGAAGUAUUCGGUCCUCCUAUAAAAGAAGGCGCCAUAUUUCCUAAGGGUAAAGUUUUUGCUGAAUUCUUGCUUGCCAAAGUAGUGAACGCCGAAAACGCUGCUCAUCGUUCAGAAAAAUUCGUAACGAUGGCAACGAGAACUCGUCAGGAAUACCUCAAGGAUCUAGUAAUAAAUUAUUCCACAUCGACUAUUGUCGAUACUGGACAAAAAUUUUGUGAGUGUAAUGAUUUAUUCGUAGCGAUAUUUAGCAGCAAAAAGAAAGAAAAAGUCCGUCCCCGGUUCAUACCGGAUUUAUGCCAAAGAGGUGCCAUUUUGUGGCAAGUAUUAUUAGAUGAUAGCGGACAAGGUCAGCAAAUUGAGUGUUUUCUUGGUAUCUCUUCGGAUACAUUCAUUUUAAUAGAAGAAACUUCGAGGCAGAUCGUUUUUGUAACGCCUUGUAAAUCUAUUCUGGGAUGGUCGCCACAAACGAAUAGUUUGAGAUUAUAUCAUCAUCAAGGAGAAUGCAUGACGAUUCACAUGAGGGACUCUCAUGGCGACAGAGAUGAACUUAUGGAGAUUAUGGAUAGAUUGAAAGCAGUUACUUCUGGACAUGUUGCACAGGAAUUAACCAUAAGAAAGCUGAAUAGCGAUGGUCGGAACAUCAUGGGUCAACUGGGCUUCCACGUUCAACCCGACGGUAUUGUUACAUUGGUAGAAAGUGCAGGUCAAGCCUGGCAGGCGGGUCUUCGACAAAACUCCCGAUUAGUAGAAAUAUGCAAGGUAGCAGUAGCCACUCUCACUUAUGACCAAAUGGUGGACCUCUUGAAAACGUCUAUUACUGUAACUUUGACUGUGAUACCACCUUUACCCGAUGGAACGCCACGCAAAGGAUGUACUCUUCAAAAUUGCAAAUAUAAUGAAGCACAUUACGAAGGGGAUUAUGACAAUACAAACAAUGAAGAAAAUAAAGGUAGGAAGGCUCCUCAAAUUCAACAAGCCGUUUCUGGUAAUCACAGAAGAAUUUAUGAGAGAAGCUUUUCACCUCCAAGAAGUAGUAAUAGUUCCGGUUAUGGUACCGGUAGUAGCAGCAAGUCUUUUCAUGCACCUGAAACAAGAUUUCAAAAUAAUAUAGAGGGUACCUUAACAAGUUCUUCCAGUGGCCAUUCUGACGACAAAUGGUACGAUAUUUUGCAAGAAUUCGAGGCGCCACCAAUACCUAUAAAGAUGAAUCAGCAUGUUUCUCGGUUACACCAUACCAAUAAUACUUUCCCUAGUACUCCAAAGCGUAGCAACUCUCACCAAAACACACUCUUACAAACGCAUCAAAAUAAUCAAUAUUCUGUUCAACAUAAUAAGAUCCACAUCAGUAAUUCUUUGCCACUACAACACGUCAAUACAUCGCAGACAUUAACAACUGCAAUUCAUUCUAAUACCGAUAUGGAUAUUUAUAAAAUGGAAAAGAAUAAUCUUAUCAAGCAACAUAACGAAAGGUUGAGACAAGAAAGUGACUAUAUGAGUGCUAGAGGCUCUAGUAGAUCUGAUUAUGCUACAGUACAAAGUUUAAAUAACGAUUUUAAUAGAGUAGCGCUCAAUGAGAGUCUUUCUACUGAUAGUUCUAUAAGUGAAAGGAUCAAUUUUAUUGGCAGCGAAGAAGAACUUUCUUCGGCUGCUGGAAAUGCAUCGCCCAGAUCUAGAAGAGCUGCUAAACAUUCAAAUUUGACUCAAAGUUAUAACCGCAACCAAAGUCCGAGAUCUAUGAAUGGGGAGGCAAAAUUACGUCCAGGUGUCACGUCUCGUAGUUCAAAUCGUAAUAGUGCCAAUUUAUCCACAAACUUCCAAGAAGAGCUUCUUCGUUUAAUCAAUCCUGAUAAUAUAGAAGCUUCUGCUGACCAAAAAGUAGUUAAAGAAACAAAAAAUCACUCAAGGGAGAAUCUUAAUAACGCAUUAAGCGUUCACAAGACUCAACCAGAAAUUAUUUUGACAAUGGCUAGGCCCGCAACUGUUAUUUCUAACGCUAGUACUACCUCCAGUCCUCUACCAAAUGAAUUUAAGAGGACUCCAGAUGAUCUUGGUGCUUCUCACGUGCCUUUAGGUAAGUUGAAAACUACUGUGAGUUUUCCUGACGAUUUCCCAUUGCCGGAAGAUGGGGAUUGGCCGAGUUUAGUUGACACGGCUACAAGUUUUAUGAACCAAGUCGGAUCCAAUUGUGAAAACAAUAAGGAAACAGAGAGAAACCGUUGUUGGAGCGACGAUGUCGUCAUUGACGCUUCUAUUGGAUCUACAGUAAGUUCGAGUACGAGUGUUCCAGAACUUCAAAGUCAUGUUGCAGAACUGGAAUCGAAAGUUAAUCUCGAAACAAGGAGAAGAUUGUCUUUGGAGAAUGAAGUACGUCGACUCAAGGAAGAAAACCGAAAAUUACAAGACCAGGCACAUGCAGCUGUACAACAACUCAGAAAAUUCACUGAAUGGUUUUUUAAAAACGUGAAAAGGCAGUAAAUUGCUAAUUUUUAAUGUUUUUUUGCCAAUAUUAGUUGGGAAUUUUCUUUAUCUAUAUAAAUGUAUUGAGUAACAAUACUGGAAUAACUGAAAUCUUGCAACUAUACCACAUUCACCAUUUAAUUCUUCGACGAGCGUUUUAAUAACCAAAUUGUCGUCUUCAGAGACUAAAGGCGACAGACAGUGUAAUUUUGACUGUUGCCGGAAUGGCAGUGAACGGUAAGAUAACAAUAUGGUAUUAUUUUUGAGAUGCUAUCCCUCACUAAAUGUAUUAACCAUAUAGAUUUUCAGUAAAUGAAUUCUAUGAAUCAAAAAUGUUCAACACAUUUUCAAAACUUUUUUGUUACCCUAGUCACACAAUCUUAAGACACCAAAAUCGUAUAGAUUUUGAUAAUGUUAGUUUAAAGAUACUUAACACUCUGUUAGGUGCAUCACUAUAAGAGGAUCUGAGAAAUUCAAAUGAUUUGAUAUAUUUAAAUGUUAAAUGCUAUUUUUAGGUAAAAAUCUAUUGAACAUACUGUUUACACUACCAUUACAUCAACACUCACAAUUAAACUGUUUACCUUGAGUCUCUGAAGACGAUAACUUGGUUAUUGAAACGCGUUGUAUGUAGUGGUAGUGUCAGUGUAUUCUCAUUUUUCUUUUGCAAAAACUAAGUUUAUCUUUCUUCAUCUGUUGACAUGCCGAGAUUAGAAAACUUCUCAAAUUAUCUUUUUACAUUAUAUAUACGUGAAGUUAUGUUUUCACCACAAAUUGCACAUAUAAUAAUUUAAUUCUUUCAAUCACACCUUACCUAACCUAUCCUAACCAUUCAGUUUCAUAUAGUCUGGAAGUUGUAUUGCUUGUUUUUAAUUUUUCAACCGCCGUUAUAAUGCAGAACUACAAUUAAAAAUAUUUAUAUUUAGAAUGCAAUAAUUUGACAAAAGUGUCACUUGUUAGUUAAGCACUGGUGUACAUCCCGCCACGAUGCGAUGCAUGCGCGUCAAGUUACCCAGGUACAAUAGAAAUGGAAAAUCAGCUAGUUCAGCUGGAAAUAUUCUUUCAUAAAUUCGAUCAUAGAAAUAAGGAUUUUUUUAGUAUUUAUUUUCUUUUUUGACAUAAAAAAUAAAUUUAUAAAAAUCAAAAUGUGGGUCAGUUAAAAAGCUUGGUUGGGUCAAUGUAUGACCCGCCAUCACUGAGCUAGAUGCUGUUUUCUUUGAGACAAAAAUAUUUGAAAAAUUUGUUACAGGCUCUAUUCCAGUCUGGUUAUUUCACCUACUUUUAUGUUAUUUUUUUGCUAGAGUUCUACAAGCAUAAAGAAUCAUACUGCUUUUAUUAUCAUCUUUCUUUUCAUAGAAAAAUUGAAUCUUAAUUUAUUGUCGAUGGUGAUCUCCAGAUAUCUAAUAUAUUGGGAUGGUUUAAUAAAAAUAUAUUGUCGAAUUUUCCUGAAUUAAGUGCAUUAAUUAGAAUCGUCAUCUAACGGCCCGAAAUAAUAAUUAUAAUAUUCACUUGAGUUUUGCUAUUAUUAUGUCAUCUGCAAAUUGUAGUAAGUUCAUUGUCACAUGUAGUUUUGGUAAAGUUAUACUAUAAAUGAGAUAGCAGUGAGCCAUGUGAGACACCUUGUUGACAGAAUUGCAGAUAAUUCAUAAAUAAGUCAAUGGAGUUUGGAGUACUGAAUACUUUAGUUCUUUACUUCAAGAUAUCGGCAUCUUACAGAUCCACAGCAAUUAACCGAAUGUUAAAUAAAAAAAUCCCAACUAUAUAUUGUUUAUAAUGUAUUUAUUUGAUACAAAAUAAUGGUUGCAGUAUGCAGCAGCCAUGUAUAUAUGUAUAAUUUUAGUAAUCUGUUUCUUUUAAAAAUUAUGUAUAAUAAUGUAUGUUAUAGUACAAAAAAGUUGUUUGUUUUUUUUUUAAUUUAUUUUUAACAAAUGAUAAUCCAAUUUAACAAAAGAGCGCAAUGUUUAUAUAAUAAAAACAUUGCUUGCAUUAUUCAUUGUAUAGAAUCUUUGUCUUUAUUGUAAUUUUUACUAGUUACCACAAUAAUCAGAUUUUAGAAUAUCUGAAAAUAUUAUUAAUAGUGGCUUUAACUUCUCUUAAAACAAAUAUAAAGUGUUUCAUUUGCAAUUUUUAAUGAAAAGUUUGUUUAAAACUAGUGUUUUUCUUCGCAUUUAAUAGCUAAAGGUUGAUGGAAUAACAAACUGCAAAUAACACUGUGACAUUUAUAUGCAUUUAAUUUUUUUAUUUUUUAAUUUUAAUUUUCGAAUUCUAAUUAAUUUGACCAAUAUACAAUGUGCAAACUGUACUGUACCACUAAAUAUUCAUAGCGUCGUUCAAGUUUUAACACUUCAGUCCAAAAAAUGUGUUUUUCAUUUUUAAAUGUCAUUCAAUAGAGAAUCGAAAGAUGCACCUAUAGACAACUGUUACAAAAGUCUUGAAAAAUAUAUGUUUAUAAAUUUUCAAAAAAAUAUGUGUAUUAUGAUCGCAAUAUAUAAAAAGCACAGUUUUUUUGCUCUCCCGAAAAGUUGUCCUUCUGGUGAGCCCUAUUAAUAUUUUUGAGAUAUACAAUUUUGACAUGUCUUUUAGUAAUUUGUCUCUGGUCAAUAUUAUUUUAUUUAGUUAUUUAUAUAUUUUUCGGAAAAGAGAUGAUUUACUGUUUAUACUUUCGUGUAUGUUGAAGUACCAUAUGUACAAAUUAUCCUGCCUUGUAUUGUAUAUUUUUAUUUAACAAACAUACAUCUACAAUGGAUUUUUGUUCUCUACUCUUUCUUAUAUUCCUCUAGGUUUCGUUCUUUUUCGUAUAAAGUGAUAUUUGUGUUGUUUUUUAUAUUCAGAUGCUUUAAAUAAAUCCUACGUUUUUAAUAAAUUAUAGGACACAGUUUUCUUGUUCCAUCCAGUAUCAGAUUUUCCAUUCUUUUCACUAUAUUCAACUUUUGGACCAGGACAAGUGAUCCAAUGACAAAAACCCAGAGUCUUUCUUUAACAAGUUGAGCCCCAGAGGCUAUAGGCCCGUAACUGAACUUUCCCCACAGCCCAGAGCGGUCCUUAAGACUUAUUUUAUUUCAAACCUUCUCCGCAGCUCAAAGUACCGUAUUUAAAUGUGUUCUACAGUUUAAUUGGACCGUCCUGGGUGCUUGAAAUAUUACCUUACACUUAGUCCAUUUGAUUUUUUGUUUUUUUAUUUUACGUUAUCUUGGUCCCAUAUAAUAUUUUUCAAAGCACAUUGCACAAAAAGCAAACAAAAUUAGGCUUUUCUAUGCUACAAGUAGAGUGUACCUUCAAAGAAAUAUAAAAAAAGAUUUAUUGCGGAUAAAAAUUGCAAAAUAUAAUGUUUUUUGUGUACGGUUCAUAGGAUCGCUCUGGGGCCGGGGGAAAAACAUCAUUUUUUCGCACUUUUGAUUCCAUUUUUCUUUGAAACCACACCCCAUAUUGAGUGCAAACAUUUUUUGGGUUCAGGGGAAAGUUGAUCAAGUUUAGUUAGGGCUCAAAGUGUUAAACUCAUUAGUGUUUUCUAAAAACUUCUAUUCAACCACUAGUUAGUUUGUUUGCUUCCUUUUUUGUGUUACCGAUACUUUUUCUUUGUUGAUUUCCAAUAUAAAAUAAUUGAAUACAUGAAUGAAUACUUGAAACACUUUAUAUAUUUGUUAAUAUUUAUACCUAAAGUGAUAUCUUACUAUUGUGCUACUUGAUUGAAUGUUUUAAAAUAAUAAGUAUUAUGUAAAAACUUGACAAGAGAUCUAACAGAUCAUUUGAAUUUGUUUUACUACAAAUUUAACGAUUAUUACUAUUUUUAAUCGUAUGCACGAUAUUCCCGAUCUAUUCAAAAUAAUACUGAGCCGUUGUCAAUUUUGUAAUCUUGUUAGUUUUUUUAAAUGUAAUAUUUAGAAAUUAAGAUCGCGUUUCUUAUGAACCUAAACUCCAAUCUUUGUCUAAGGUGAAACUGUAUUUUGGAAAGUAAGCACUUUUAUUAGAUCAAAGACAAAUUGAGACAAUUUUCCAUAUUACAAAGAUAUUUUGAGAGGCAGCUAGUUACAUGAGAUUGAUUUAUAACCCAUUUAAAUUAGUGGGAAACGUCGAAACAAGAAAUAAUAAGCUGGAUUUUUUUGUAUAUACCUUCAUGCUGGCAUUCUAAAAUUUGUCUCGAUGAUCUCAUUUCAUGGGUCAGUCUCUGUAUUAUAUCGGUUUCCAUUAAUCCAAAAAUGGUAAUAUAUAAAAUUAGUGACCAAUUUUAUUUUAAGUAUUUUUUCAUAUAUUCAGCCGUUUUGCGAUAGAUAAUGCAAAUUCAAUCUAUUUUGAAUGAUAAUAUUUAUUUCGUAUUCCGCUUAACGCAUAGGAUACUGUAACGUUUUUCUUAUUUAUUUACACUCUUUCUAUUCGUGGUGUGAAUUUACAUUGUCAUUUAAGUUAUUAAUUUAUUCUUCACACUACACUUAACUAAGUUGCUCAGUACCAUAAAUGUGGAAAAUUGUAAAUUUGUCAUUGGAAAAAUAAAGUGCAAAGAAGUAUGAUACACACGAAUUUUCCAGAAGGUAGCUACUGGAAACCUUUCUCAAAUUUCACCUUUUUGAAACGUUUUCACAUUUUUGCACUUGAUUUUUUAACUCCUCGUCAUCAUCCUUAAAUAGUAUUAAUACUAGUUAGUAUUGGAUCAACUUUUCUCAUUCAUUUCUUUAGCUUUACCCAUUAGAAUGGUUAAAAUAAGUGAAAAUUGCAGAUUUUUAAGAAUAUAUUGUGACAUGAAUAGGGAGCUUAUAAAAAUAAUAUAAACAUUUUAAACAAAAUUUGAGAAACCGGAUUAAAUAAAAGUUGGAUGUGUGUGUCGUCCAUCAGCCAUAUCUAAUUUCGCUUUAUUUCAAUCUUCAUCACAUGCGCAUGUUUGAUUUUACUGUAUUUUUAUAAAUCUGUUAAUGAUUCAGCUUCACAUGUUUACAAAGUAUAAAUUUAUGAAAUAUUUGAAACUGUUGUUUCAACACAUAAGUUAUUUGUUUCAUUAAUUUAUAUAAAAUAAGUCUUUCAUUAUAUUAGGCUGUUAAAUAUUUGUAAUUUGCUUCAGUACUGGUCAAUCUGCUACAUCCUCCCUGUAAUAUAUCGUAACAUUUUUCAGUCGAUUUCAUCCAUUUUUCACUUUAACACGGAAAAUGUUCAAUCAAAUUCCAAUAAUUUCAAUAUGAAAAAAGGCUUCUAUUCCGAUUUGUAAUUUUUAAUUACUUUUGUCAUUCGGGCUAAUCUAAAGCAAUAAAUGUGAUUGAAAGUGAAUUUAUUUAAAUUAUUAUCUAUCAAUUAAUUUAAAAUUUUCUGUUUAUGUAAUUAAUAAGUAUUAUUAUUGUUAAAUAUAAGUUGAAUAUUUUUAAGGAGCAACACCAAAUCAACAUUAUUCGAUUAAUAUCCUAGUUAUAGUUGAAGUAAUAUAUGAAAUUUUAGUUACUUGCAUUCCCGAGUGUUUUAAUAAUUUUUGUUGUGUUAUAAUUAAUUAAUCUGAGUUUUAUGUUUAAUAUCUGUGACCUGGUAGAUGCCUUAGAAAUUGAUAUGUUAGGAUUUCAGUAUACAAACUUUUAAAUGAAUUAAAAAUCUUGUAAAUGUUA